AUGACGGUGACGGCCUACGUCGCCGUCUUCUCCUGCCUCCUCGCCGUCUCACUCAACGUCCUCCUUGGUCGCCGUCGCAGCAGCAAGAACAAUGGCAGGAACAAACCACCGAGCCCUCCCUCCCUCCCCGUCCUCGGCCACCUCCACCUCCUCCGCAAGCCGGUCCACGCGGCGCUGGCGCGCCUCGCCGCGCGGCACGGCCCGGUGCUCUCCCUCCGCCUCGGCUCGCGGGACGUCGUGGUGGUCACCUCCGCGGCGCGAGCCAGGGAGUGCUUCACCGAGCACGACCUGUGCUUCGCGACCCGCCCGCGCUUCGCCGCGCUGGAUCUCGUCACCUUCAGCGGCACCACGCUCCCGACGUGCGCGUACGGCGCCUACUGGCGCGACCUCCGGCGCGUGGCCACGGUGCACCUCCUGUCCGCGCGCCGCGUCGGCCGCAUGAUGUCCGGCCCCGUCGCCGCCGAGGUGCGCGCGGCGGCGCGGAGGAUGUACCGGGCCGCCGCCACGGCCCCAGGAGGCGGCGCCGCAAGGAUGGAGCUCAAGCGGAGGCUGUUCGGCCUCAUCCUCGGCUCCCUGAUGGAGACCAUCGCGCGGCCGCGGACCAACAACAGGACGUCGACGCGCGACGAGGACGACGCUGAGGCUGACGCGGCGGAUAUGACGCCGGAGGCCAACGAGUUCAAGCAAACGCUCGACGUCAUGGCGUCGCUGGUCGGCGCGGCCAACACGUGGGACUGUUUCCCGUUGCUGCGGCGCUUCGACGUGUUCGGGGUGAAGAGAAAGAUCAUGGCCGCAGUGAGGAGAAGAGACGCGUUCCUGCAGAGGCUCGUCGACGCCGAGCGGCGGAGGUUUGAGCUUGACGACGGCCGCCGCGAGGGCGAGGAGGACAGCAUGAUCGCCGUGCUGCUCUCGUUGCAGAAGUCAGAGCCGGAGAUAUACACUGACACCAUGAUCAUGUCUCUGUGCUCGGUCAGUGCUUCCGUCUUCUUGUCAUUGUAA